AUGUCGGGCGCUAUACACGACCCCAGGUUGCUCUACAGCGUCAGCAAUAUCCGCGCUUUUCACAUCCAGGAUGGUGAAGAGCACGAGUUGACGCCGUCAGGCCCGCAAACCCUUUCACUCCUUAUGGUCCCUACUGCUACAUCGGCGCCAACUCCUCCAUAUGCCGCCGGUGCGGGCACACAGACUCCCGAGGAGGACUUUUACCUUCAUCUUUACCUUCCUCCGGAGCUGGAUCUUGCAUUGCCCGCUACCACCCAGAUCUUCCAUCAACCGCCCGAUAGCUACCUGAUCCCUCGAUGGGAUCUGGCUCCCGACGCAGGCGCCUUCAUUCGCAUCCAGUUUCCAAGCAUUGGCAGCGGCCCGAACAAUGUCACCCAAGAUGACAUCGAUACCUUCGAGACGAUCCUCGCGCAAUGUACUGCAUUCCUUGACCGUGCUCCCACACCGAGCGGCAAGUCGGAUGGUCUCGCUGCCUAUAACCCGGCCGACUAUGCGCCGGGCGAGGGGUAUGUCGGGACUGGAGACAACAAGGGUGACAAACUGCACGGCAAGAUCGUGCUAGUGGAUGAGGAGGAUGGCAGUGUUGUUGGUGAAUUGGGUGAUGGGUACAAUGUGGUGGAGGAUCCGGACGUGAAACCUGGAUCUAAACGCCCCGUUGGAAUUGAACUUCCUGCCGAAGGCGAGGGCAACAAGGUCAGCGUGACCAACGUUUCCGAAGAAUACUUGGAAAUGGCACGGCAUCCCGCAUAUCAGAAUUCAACCAUUGUCCAAACCUCGGCCACCGCAUCUCGUCUUAUUGUCACCACAUCCUCAUACAUCUCCAACGCCAUCACCAGCGGCGCCGAGAAUUUCAUGAAAAAGACCAAGCCCAACCCCAAGCCUGUGACUUUCUCCGAUGCCACUCACGCCCGUAUCCGCAAGGUCGGCACAUUCUCCAACGGCGCAGCAGACCUUUCAUCUCGCACCCUGGGCCAAGUGGAGCGGGUAGCGCAGAACAUUGGCGCUUCGCUAGCACGCAAGGAUGCCAAGCCUCGCAGCGCUAACAAACACCACCCCCCGCCAGACUACAAGCCAGGCGUGCUGAACAAGUCGAUGAUCGCCUUCUCAACGUUGGCAGAUGGUAUCCAGGAAAGUGCGCGCACCAUGUUGAUGACCGGCUCGGCGGCCGCCACCACAAUUAUCCAACACCGCUACGGCUCCGAAGCUGGCCACGUCGCGAACAACCUGACUGGCGGCAUCAAGAACGUUGGUCUCGUGUACAUUGACGCCACGGGCGUUAGCCGUCGCGCGCUGCUCAAGUCCGUGGCUAAGGGUAUGGUGGUUGGACGUAUGCGCGAUGGAAAGCAGGUGGUUGUUGGCGCUGGCGAUGGCGGCCAGUUACCCCAAGGCGUUGGAAUCAAUGCCGAGGCAGGACCUUCUGGUUCUGGUGGGUUUGGAGCCCGGGACCCGGUUGUGCGACGUGCCUCGCCGACCCCAACGCCGCCGCCCGCAUAUGGUGCAUCAGGAGGUGUAUCGCUAGGCGGUACGCCCAGGUCAGGGUCAGGAGCAAAGCGGUAA